GUGUCAAAUGCAGAGGACGCCGUGAGUGCAUUAAAGCCAAUGAAGGAUGCAACCAUGCUGAUGUCAGAAGAGCGCAAUCCAACAGUUUCUCUCAUUGCCCCUAUAAAUGCACAACUUCUCCAGAGCAUGACAGACACGAUGGGAGACACACCCAUGAUCCAUGAGAUCAAGAAUUCUAUUAGAACAGAUCUCCAGAAGAGGUACAGCAGUGAGGCCGAGAAGAAGAUCCUUCAUACAGCCUCUGCACUGGAUCCUCGCUUUAAGGGACUGCCUUUCAUCCUCACAGAUGAAGAAAGAUUGGAGAUAUUUAAAGGAGUCACUGAGGAAGCUGCAUCCUUGGAGAUUACAUCAGAUGAGAGUGAGAGGACACAAGAGGAUCAUCAAGUGCCUAGAAGAAAACAAACUCUGGAAGAAGAGGACAGUUCACCCAUCGAAGACAACCAUUCUGAAUCUCCACCAUCUCCUCCCAAAAAGGCCAGAUCGCUGCUCGUGAGUUUGCUGGGACAGUCUUUCACUGACACUGAAGGUACAAUAGAACCCAAAAAGACCCCCUAUGCCAAGGCUGAAGAGGAAAUGGAAAACUAUUGUAAAGCCCCACCUCUGCCUCUCACUGAGGACCCUUUGAACUGGUGGCGUGAGCAUGAGGUCAUAUUUCCCCUCCUUUCUCGGCUGUCAAAGCAAUACUUGUGUAUCCCAGGUACAAGCGUGUCUGCAGAGCGGGUUUUCUCCACUGCAGGAGAUGUGGUAACUGCAAAAAGAAGCGCCCUCAAACCAGACCAUGUAGAUCAAUUGGUGUUCUUACAGAAAAAUCUACAUGUUCCCAAAUGCUGAGCAGU